GCUCGUAUCUAUUUUCACAUUUUCCACACCCACUAAAAAUCUAAAACUACCCCAACAACUUUUUCCCAAUAUAUAAGGAGAAGAUCAAUGAACUACACUCUCAAGAAUUCAAAGUGCCUCUAAGUAGCUUUAUUUCUAAAUAGUCAUAUAUCCCAUUUUAGUGUAACAUUUGUUAAUCAUGGUGCAAGAGAAGAAGGUGGUGGAUGAAGUGUCCGGUUGGCUUAGAAUCUAUGACGAUGGUUCAGUAGACCGGACAUGGACCGGACCACCUGAGGUUGAAUUUAUGAUUGAACCGGUUGCUCCCCAUGAACAAUUCAUUGAAGGAGUUGCCACCCGUGACGUGACAACUAACACCACCACAAAAAAUGACGGUUCCAUCCAUCGUGCAAGGUUGUACCUACCGGAGAAAACACCUAAGGACAGUAAAAAACUACCCAUACUCAUUCAUUUUCACGGUGGGGGUUUCUGCAUUAGCGAACCAAAUUGGUUCAUGUACUAUCAUGUGUACACCCAGUUCGCCCGCUCCACUCGAUCCAUUUGUGUGUCUCCGUUCCUCCGACGAGCACCAGAACACCGUCUUCCUGCUGCCUUUGAGGAUGGAUUUGCAACGCUCCAGUGGCUCCAAUCAGUUGCCAAGGGAGACGCUCGUGACCCAUGGCUUGAGGAACACGGCGACUUCAACAAAAUUUUCCUCAUUGGAGAUAGCUCAGGAGGAAACUUAGUCCACGAAGUAGCAGCUAGAGCUGGUUCGGUCGACCUGAGCCCAAUUCGGCUUGCUGGAGCAAUUCCAAUCCAUCCUGGGUUUGUUAGGUCAGACCGAAGCCGAUCCGAAAUUGAAAUGCCACAAUCACCAUUUCUGACAUUAGACAUGUUGGACAAAUUCUUGAGUCUGGCACUACCAACCGGGAGCAACAAGGAUCACCCCUUCACAUGCCCGAUGGGCGUGGGUGCGCCACCCCUAGACGGCCUAAAACUGCCGCCAUUUCUUCUAUGUCUAGCUGAAAAAGACUUAUUGUGGGAUACAGAAAUGGAGUACUAUGAAGCAAUGAAGAAGGCUAACAAAGAAGUGGAGUUGUUUGUGAGCAAGGGGAUGACACAUAGUUUCUAUCUCAACAAGAUUGCCGUAGAUGUGGAUCCAACUGUUGGAUCUCAAAUGGAUGCACUCAUUGGUAGGGUGAAGGAAUUCAUUGAGAAGCAUUGAGUUUUGAAGAUGUCUCUGUCUUGUGUAGGGUUGUUUUCAUGUGUUUGUGUUAUUGAUCACAAGAGUUUUUGUUUUAUUUUGGACGCUACUAUGUUGCAACCUUUUUAUUUUAAUAAAAUAACUAAAUACCUAAUGUCAAUUUGUAUCUUGUACUACUUGAACAAUUGUAUUAGUGUAACCUUCUGUCAAAAAAUAAAAAAUGAAAACAUUUGUAUUGA